AGCUUUCUGUCCUGGCAGGCUUGUGCAGUGGUUGUGGUGGUGUAUCCCAGCUGGGGGAGAUGGAGCAGAUAGGAGCUGGGCUCUGUUCCUUCACACCACUGCCCUGGAGGGACGGGUUCUGCUCCACCACGGCACAGAGGGUGGCAUUUGGUGUUGUAAACUGGCUGCUGUGGGUCUCUCUUGGGGGGAGGUGGGGCUACACUGACAGCUUGGCAGGUUGGGAAGGUUUUAUUUUCCUGAGGGUUUUUAGUAGGAUUCAUGCUGGCGACCUGCUGGGCAAGGUGAACCAGGGGAAGUCCUGUGCUCUUGUGGGAGUCCCUUUAGUUUUCUCCCUUCCUGUGGACUGUGGCACCUGACCUGCUUUGAGUCAUGCUCUGGGGUGGGGGGGGAACACUGUGCAGUUGCUUUCUAAAGAACAUUGUCUUGAUUUUUUUCUUUUUUUUUUUUUUUUUUUCUGCACAAAGGCUUCCUUGAUGAAAAAUAAAAACUUCUGUAAACCGACAAGUUCACGUGUUUCAUUUUCUCCCUGGCAGAGGUUCUUGCUGAGGUUCCCCUUGGCUGCAGAGCCAGGAGAAUGCACAUCCCAAGCUGUCACUGGGAAUUUGGGCCUGAGUGGAUUCAGGUUGCCAUUAGGCUGCAUGUCCCAUCAAGCCUUUGUUCUGCUGAGCAGGUGGAAGAUUGCCUGGGAUUGCUGCUGCUCUCUUCCCUGGACAAACACAACGCCUGCUGUGAGGCAACAGCCCCGUGUUGCAAUCCCCAGAGGGACUCCUAGAUAUGGCCUUCCCUGCUGACUUGCAUUUAGAGUGGCUUCCCCUGUGGCCUCAUUCCUUGCUUGAUUCCAAAUAAAACUCAGAAAUGUCAUUUAAAGGCAUGGAGCUUUGCUGUCACCUUCCUCUGGGACAGUUUUCCCUGUCUGUACCCACCCUCUGCAGCCAGGUGUGGAUUCUCACUGCUUCUCCCAGCCCAUCCAAGAUUCCUCAGUCUGGGAGCAGCACAGGAGAGGAACCAGCCACUGAGGACUCAGGAACGGCAUGGAGAGCAAAUGGAGUGGCUUGGUGCUGAUCCUUUCUGUGUGCCUGGGCUCCUACCAAGCCGGGGCCAGCCCCCUCCACGAGUGUGGCGAGCGGCCGGAGGACUGGUGCCGCGACGUGGCGACCGCCACCAAGUGCGGGGCGCUGGAGCUCUGCCGGCUCACGGCGUGGGACCGGGCUCUGGGGAAAGGGAUCCCCUGUCACCUGUGCCAGGUGGCAGUCUCCGUGAUGGGCAAGAUCCUGCAGGACAACCGCACCGAGGAAAAGCUGCGGCUCUUCUUGGAUAAGAAAUGCCAGUACCUGCCCUUCCAGGACUGGUCUGUCAAGUGCAAGAGGAUGGUGGACACCGGGAUCCUUGUCCUGGUCCAGCUGGGCAAGCAAGUGCUGUCGGAGCCCAAGGUGGUGUGCGGGACCAUCAAGCUGUGCCAGCGCCGGGACAGACCCACGGGCACCUCCAAGGAGCCACCAGCAGCUGCCACAAGCCCCACGCAGGACUUUGCUGAGCUCAUCUCCCCCUUCAUGGCCAACGUGCCCCUCCUGCUGCACCCCCAGGAGCUGCCUCACGGCGAGGCACAGGAGACAGAAGAGGUGUGUGGGGACUGCCUGCAGCUGCUGACAGCCGUGCAGCAGGAGCUGGGCACCAACACUGCCUUCACCUGGGAGCUGCUGGGCCACGCCAAGAGAGUGUGUGAGACCCUGACACCCGACCUGGCACAGAGGUGCAAACACUCCCUGGCUGAGUACACAGACACGGCUGCCCAGCUCCUGAGCUAUGUGGGCCCAAUGGAGCUGUGUGGCCAGCUGGGACUCUGUGCCUCCACCUCAGCACUGCCCCUCCACACGCUGCUCACCGAGAAGGUGAUGCAGACCCUGAGCACGCUGGAGGACAGGGUGGGGAGCACUCCUCUGUGCGACGUGUGCCAGUUCACUGUGAAGACAGUCGAGAGCCUGCUGGAGAACAACGUGACAGAGGAGCAGCUGGUGAACGACAUCGAGAAGGUGUGCUACAUGCUGCCCCACGGCGUCAUCGGGCAGUGCAAGGACUUUGUCAACUCCUACGGCAAAGCCGUGGUGAUCAUGCUGCUGCAGGCCACCGACCCCGCGGCCGUCUGCGCCAUGCUGCGCUGCUGCCCCCGCAGCGGGGACACCCCGCCCGUGGCCGAAUCCCUGGAGAGGCUGGCGGUGAGCUCGGGCGCCUUCUGCAACGUGUGCCAGAUCGUCAUCACCUACUUCGACAACGAGCUGCUCAAGAACGAGACGCUGGAGGAGCUGGGCGAGGUGCUGGAGAAGGGCUGUGCCAUGCUGCCCAUGCCUCUCACCAGCAAGUGCCAGGCGCUCGUGCUGCAGUACGAGCCGGCGGCCGUGCGGCUCUUCGUGCAGAUGAUGGACCCCACCUUUGUCUGCACUAAACUCAGAGCCUGUGACUCAGGCAAGGAGGAUCUCCUGGGCUCGGCGCCCUGUGCCUGGGGCCCACAGUACUGGUGCAAGAACAUGGCCACGGCGGUGGAGUGCAACGCCGUCGCGCACUGCCGGCGCCACGUGUGGAACUAGGAGCCGUGUCCCUGACUCGCUCUGCCCUUUGGAUCGGGAUCCCGGCUCCCUGCCCUCGGGACGUGCCUGUGCUCACAGACGGCCGUGGCAGGAGCCAGCCGGGGAACCCCAGCGGCCUCGGCCACUUCCUCUUCCACUCCUGGGGCUUGGAUUUCCAAAUCAGGUUAAGGGACUCGUUAAUAUUUUCAGGACUAGGGAUUCAGCCUUGAGGUCUCUCAGGGUGGCUGCGAAAUCCCCAACCUCUAUUCCUGCCUCUGUCUCCAUCCCCAAUCCCUUCUCUACCUCUCCAUCCCACCCUGAACCACUCGUAAGGCCCAGAUCCUGCAGUGUGGAUCUGUCCCCGUGGGCUGGGCUGGGCUCGGCUCUGCUGCCCAAACGCCGGCCCCUCACUCCUGGCUGGCCACUCCAGCCUCACCUGAACAUAAAGUGAAUGAGUUUGGGUGCGAGGAUUUCCUUUCACGCCCCCGUCCCUGCUGGGGGUCCCGUGCUGGCCCGGCCGUGGUGGCGAGGGCAGCGGGGUGCUCGUCCCUCCCUGUCGUGUUGGGGGGAUGCCUGCAGUGCCUGAUCCUGGGCGUGCAUGGGAGCAUCCCAUCACAAAUAAACUCUUCCCGUGAGCCUGG